AUGGAAGAGCUGAGUCAAAUCAGCCAGCUUUUGCUGGUACGAACCCAGGAAACGCUGAAGCGUUUGGAUGAUUGCAUAAACACCCAGCGAAGACUUUAUGAAUGUAAAAAAAUGGACAAGAAACGCACAGGUGAGUCUCAAAACAGCAUUCAAAAGUACUACACGUACUUAGGUCAGCUCAACGCUCUUUAUUGUAGAACUUCGGACCUGAUCAACUGUCCAGAUGAGGUGGUCAGCACUUCUGCUGUGCACAGCGUUAUAUCGGACUUCGAGCGAAUAUCGUCGAGCUUGGAUGAGCACGUUAGUCCUACUGCAGACCUCGAACUGUCGCCGGGAUCAACUAUCUCUUUUGAACCUCGACCACUAAAGAUUAUCCAGCGAAACUCCGAGCAAUACGACCAAUCGCCCACGAGACUCUCGGCGAGGUGUGCAUCGCCCUGUAAAGAAAAACGCCUUUCGAGUCAUAGCAGCAUUUUGAAUUCCCCCUCUCGAUCUCACCAGAAUGCUUUAUUGCCAAGAUCGUGUUAUACCAGCCCCAGUCGGCCGACGCCCGACCAACCAGAAACGCGGGCUCUGCGUGGUGCUAAAUCCUGCGAUACAGGACUGAACAAGCAAACUAACCCUCAUGAAAACAGACUAAGCUUCUUCAGAGAUAGACAGCGGCUUUCGAUAUCGUUCUUCGAGGAUGAAGAAUACUCAUCAGAUGAGGAGACUGUCAUAUCGCCUAGUCCAGCUGCCUCUCCUUUAUACCUUGACAGCCUCUUUGCAACUUCUGAUUCCAAUGCCCUGCGAAAUAUGAUGCUCAAGAAAACGUGUCUGGUAAAUCCUCAUACCAAGACGAAAACUUUCGAGAUUUCAGGUCCGAGUUUCUCUCACUUUCACCCACCUAGACCGACCAUGGCACAAUGUGGUGCCAGUCCAAUUGGUUAUAUGCCAGAAAUUCGUGCUCAAGUGACCCAUUCGGAUACAAAAGGCUCGCGGGAGCUGUUAGCAAGAUACGCCCUGCCUGGCACGAAAGCGAAGAAGGCUAAAAGUUGGUUUGACGACAACAAUACUAGCGGAUUUCUUCAUUCACUCAAAGUUUUCAAUCAUCAAGUGCUGGUCACUUCGGAGACGGGACUAGAAAAUCGUAUUGAAUCUUCAGCUACAAAGCUCAUUGGCCAACCGCGCAAGCCUGUGAAGAGCACCCGGCCAUCACAGUCAGCCGGGAGUAUACUAGUUCACGGACCAAGCGGUUCGAGAUUUAUCACUCCACCGCGUCACGCAGAAUUACAUUUCAGGGUAUCUCAUGAUGCUCUACGGGAGGCUUUAAACACUAAUUUGGAUAUUUAA